UGAGCACCGGGGUGUUGGAGGCAGAGCUUGGGGGCCCCUCGCUGCCCCCAUCAUGGCAUCUGCUCUCACUGUCCUCUUCCUCGGCUGCUGGCUGGCCAGGCAGAGCAGGGUGUCUGGACAGCUCCCUGCGCCUGGACCCUCCAUCUCCAUCAGCCCCAGUGGGGUGAUCGCCCUGGGGGGAGCCGUCACCAUCCGCUGUCAGUGUCGGUGCGAGGGCAGGAGGUUAUUUCUGUAUAAAGGUAGAUUCCAAAUCCAGGAGCUGGAUGCUGCUGGUGAAGGGGGUGAAUUCACCAUCCCCAGUGCCAGAUGGGAACAUGGAGGGGUCUACAGCUGCCGAUCUCACUCUGGAUCAGAGCCGCCCAACUGGUCGUAUCUCAGUGACAUCAUGCAUAUCAUUGUAGCAGAGCUCAGCUACCAAAAACCCUCCAUCUCCCUGCACCCCAGCGGGGAGGUCACCCUGGGGGGAGCUGUGACUGUCCGGUGUCAGGCUCAAUACCAGACCGUGAGGUUCCUUCUGUACAAAGAUGGAAACCCGAAUGUGCUGCAGGAUGCGGAGCCUGCUGGGGAUAUGAAUGAGUUUCCCAUUCGCAACGUGAGCCGGAGAGAUGCAGGGAGCUACCGAUGCUAUUAUUACCGCAAAUUGGACCCAUUCAUCUGGUCUCAUCCCAGCGACACCGUGGAGCUGGUGGUAGCAGAUGCAGGGGGAACUGACCCAACUCAGCUGGGAGCGACGCUGACUCCCACCCGCCCAGGCAUCGCAGGCCAGAUACCAGGACCGGGGUCAGGAAAUCGCCAUCAACCCUUCGAGAAACAGGUGAAUCGGUACCAAGUGCAGCACCGGUUCUGACCCACACCAUUAUUGCCGGGGUGAGCGCGGCAGCUGCUGUCCUCCUCCUCCUCCUCCUGGCCUUCCUCUGCUACAGAAGGAAAGGACCAGCCCUGAGACAGAGCAGGGAGCCUGAGGCUGCAGCCACGCUCU